AUGGCGAGACUGUCGUAUUUUCGCGUUUCAGUGAAACGAGUGAAAGGGGUUCACGACCCGCCAAAUAUUGCCACACUACCGACGCCUACAAACUCAGUAGUAGCAUUCCCACUAAUGAUAAGCCGUCCAGGAACAACUCAGGGGAUCGCGGGUAAGUUUAGGAGAAUUUGUGAUCUUCAAAGACACGCUAAGAGGGACCGAAUCAGAUUCAACUUGUCGCAGCUUCCGAAUUCGGUAAUUUCCUCGGGCUGUGGGGAUGCUUUAGAGCGUGAUAGGGCGACUACUGUAUACAUUCUUCAUCGAAGGGUUAGUGGCGCUGCAAACUCUUCAGCACGAAUUGACGUUGAGGGUCGGACAAAAGCUUAUAUGAGCUUGCGCGGCGGACGACGUGGUUUGGGAGCACGGCAUGAGCCUCUCACGACAUGGUUUGUCUUUGGCUGCGCUGCGUCAGGAUCUGGGCCCGGUAACUCACUCCACAUGGACAGAACAAAGAACCUCUUUCAACAGCAUCCCGAAGGACGCACAAAGAACUUCGGGCCCUUCUGUCAAAGUUCAAUAACUGACAAAGCCCCAGAUGAUAAAAUGCAGGAGGGAACAUGCAUUCUAUCGAAAUCACAACCUAUCACUCGAGCAGUCAAAGGAAUUCAACACGAUCUCGCAGUAUUUGCGAUCUUCCGAAAGACACCACAACGCUUCAACGCCAUCAUCAUUAUGAAGUCAGAGACAACCUACAACACUCGCAGUGGCGAGGUCCAAGCUGCUUGUCGCCGUCAGCACAAGUCCCCCGAAGACAUGAGCAUCGACGAGAUAUGCUCUCUACCUAAGGACAACAUUGGCUAUCAGUAUCUGAUCAAGCUCUUCAAGCACCUUGAGGUGUCAGAUAUCCUCUAUAAGACGGCUAACGACCAAGACAUGUUCACACGCGCGGCGUUGAUAGGGCGCUUCAAGGACGCCAUCUGGCACGGGCCACGUGAGCACAAUUCCUCGCACGUUCGGUUGGAACUGGACGUUCAGGAAGCUCGAAUGCUCAAAGGUCUAUCGCCACUCCCAAACUCGUUCAUGCUCAAUACUAAGUAUGACGCAGAGACCCGUGGUCUACACCUACCAAGACGCCAUCCGGACUUGAAGUCAUGGCUCGAGCAGCACGGCGUCUACACUGACCAGAAGUCGAUACCAAUCAUUGAUCAGCACAAAAAGGACGGUAAGUUCAACAAACCCAAGUCCAAGCCCAGACGCAAGGUCAUCCAAAGCUCACUUACUCCUAGAGAUCUCCCAAGCUUACGCUCUAGCUCAAGCACAAGCUCACGCCGCUCAAGGAAAUCGAACAAUUCCAAGAGCGUCAAGCCUGACGAUGAUGUCCCAGAGUUAACCCAAGAGGAGUACCAAGAGAGACAGAAACUGGCGGCUGCACAAGCAGAUGCCAGAAUCGCACGCUCAGGACCUCGUAGUUUGCGCGAAUGGGCUGCAAAGCUGGACGAAUACGUCCCACCCUUGCGCUCUUUACCGGCAGAUUGGGCAGCGAAACUAAGCCCUCAAGAGAUCACUCAGCGAGAACAAGCUCGUAGGGAAGCAAUCGACGAACUAGAGGUAGCUGUCUUGGCAGCUCAUGUCGAGUUCGAAACUGCCCUAGACGAAGCAUCGCAAGCUCAAGCACAAGUCAAGCUCAAUAAAGCGAGAUUUGAAUUGAAGCUUUCUCACGCUGUGAAGCUCUUCGGCGCUGGCGGUAUGUGUAAGUUGCAUAGCAUAAUCUUCAACCCUGCUCUUGAUCGUUCUCCAUCUGACACUAAUAAUAGGCUCCAGCUUUCAUCUUCCUCCAUCUUUGAAGCUGUCUUCCACGUGGCAGUCGUUGACGUGGCAUUGUGGCUGAUUUGCUAUCUGUACAAUCCAGGUCAGCAUCUGAGCGAGCUCCAAGCUCCAGGCGACAGCACGGAGUCAAGCAUAUCUGUCACUGGAUGUAAGUCACCCUAUGAUGACAAGAGAUUGGUAUAUAAUACCUCUCAGCCCCUGAUUGGACGGAAGAAUCGGCGAUGUUUGGAUCAUGGCCCAUUGCCUGGGAAACGGGUGAAGUUGUUGUCUGUCAACGCGAUGCUCUCCAAGCUUCGUGAGCUCGCGAACACCAAGACUCCUCCUCACCGGCUCAACUCCUCCCAGCUGCACAGAAGCCCGAGAUUCCACAUCGCAGGUUCAUACUCACAUGCACGCAGCCGCACGAUUAGAUUGACCCCUUUCCAAGUCGUCAAUGGCCUCCUCUGCCCCUGGCAGUCCGCCGGCCAAGGCGAAGACUUCAAGCCAGGAGAGAUCCUCGGAGCUUACAAGGCGCGUCGCGACACCUUCGACCCUAGCACUGCAUCUGAUGAUCAUCUCUUCGGACUGCCGCUGGUGCACAUCGGCUACGAUGUGCUCAUCGAGCUGCUCAAGAGACACAACCCCGACAAGAUGCUUGCCAACAUCAAAGGCACCGCGCAAGAUCGAGCUCAGUAUCGUGCUCUCAGAAAACAGGAUCUGUACAAUCGCUUCCACCAAACGACUCUGUGGUUCGACGAGAACAGCGAGAAUGGAACGACCAGCCGCGUAGCGGUGGAGCUGGAGGUUCAGGAGGCACGUCGAGCGCGUGGUCUUCCUCCCCUGUCAGACGCAUUCCUACACACCGAAGAUGGAGACAACGUGUUGCGCUGGAAUCUGCUGCAGCAGAAUUACACCCUUCGUUACUUCCUCGUGAGUCAGAACUGCAACAUCGGCUACCCUCGCUCUCAAGUGCCACCUCCAAAAAAGCCCAGCACCCCGUCACGGCAGAGAAGACCCAUUUCGCACGCCCAGCAGAGCGCUCGAGUCGCCACUUCAUCAGCAACUCAACAGCACUCACCAUCCCGCCGUCGUACCGUCACCACAUCAAUGACCACCGCACCCAGCUUCGACAGUCGCGCUCCCCUGACCAUCGAAGGACUGACGGAGCAACGCAAUCACUUCCAUCAACUGAAGAACGACUUGUGGAUGGAGAUCUCGCGCUACGACGACGACAUGCCCGAAGAUCUGAUCGACGAGUUCCACGAGACGCAGCGCCAACUCCGCGACACGGAGAACAUCUUACGGCUGAAGAUCGAAGAACAAGAUCGUCGCGCUCGCCCCGUCGCUCCUCGUCCACGGCGUCAACUUGGCCUGAUGCGUGAGAGAAACAUCUCAGCCGCCCCUGAAGAAGAGCCAUCAACUCGCCGUCCCGAGUCCAUGCCUGAACCUCCCGCACAGCAGCCAUCCCAGCCCCUGAAGAAGAGCCAUCUGAAGCCGCUGGCAUCGACAAAGAAUUCGCCAUUUCAGAUUCGGAAUGAUUUGGAGGGAAGAUAUCAAGCCUUUCCCAUUCUGGGGUUGCGCGGUUGGGAAAUUCCGAAGGAGUUUUUUCUUUGUUUUGAGUAUAGAUACCCAUAUGCAGGUUUUGGGGUUGGGAUGGUAAUGAAAGGGAAUACUCCGCUCACAAAGGAAUGUAAAUUGCCAUAUGCCUUCCGUCGUGUCUCUUGGGCUAUGCUGCUAACUUCUAUUCUCGAGGACUUCAUAUAG